AUGGCUGAUUCCUCUUCGAAAAAGGCCGUCAUGUCGGCCGACGACCGCGAGGCCCAGAUGCGACUGGCCGAGGCCCGAAAAAAGUACGGACGGGGCAAGGCUCCCUCGGUGAAGAAUAUUCGCGACAAGAAGCUCCGAACUACCCUCAAGGCCCAGGAAGAGAAGCAUAAAAAUGCAAUGCUGCAGGCCAAGGACGCAGAGAUUCUUUUGGAACACGAAUCCGGCUUCCUCGAGCCCGAGGGCGAGUUGGAAAAGACCUACAAAGUUCGACAGGAUGAGAUUAAAGACAGCGUUGGAAUGGAGACGGCGAAGAAAGGCUUCGAGCUGCGACUGAACGACUUCGGACCCUAUCGUGCUGACUAUACUCGGAACGGACGCAAUCUCUUGCUGGCGGGACGGAAGGGCCAUGUUGCGACUAUGGAUUGGCGUGAUGGCAAGCUCGGCUGCGAGCUGCAACUGAACGAGACUGUUCGCGAUGCGCGCUGGCUGCACAACAACCAGUACUUCGCUGUUGCGCAAAAGAAAUACGUUUAUAUCUAUGACCACAAUGGCGUCGAAUUGCAUUGUCUCAACAAGCAUCUGGAACCGCUUUACCUCGAGUUCCUGCCUUACCACUUCCUUCUUGCUAGCGCUGGCAUCAGCGGUUACCUCAAAUAUACCGACACCUCGACUGGUCAAACCGUCGCCGAAUUGCCUACGCGACUAGGCCGCCCUACCUCUCCUCGCUCAGAACCCACACAACGCCAUUCUCCACCACUUGUUAAGGCUCUUGUGCACCGUGGACCCGUCCGAUCUCUUGCGAUUGAUCGCCAGGGUCGAUACAUGGUCUCAACUGGCCAGGACCAAAAAAUGAAUGUUUGGGAUAUUCGCAUGUUCCGGGAGGUGCACUCAUAUUCCUGCUACCAGCCCGGCGCAUCGGUGUCAAUCAGUGACCGUGGUCUUACUGCGGUGGGCUGGGGCACCCAGGUCAGUGUUUGGCGCGGCCUAUUUGACGCAGCUCUUGCGGACCAAGGCAAGGUCAACAGCCCCUACAUGGCCUGGGGUGGUGAUGGCCAGCGCAUAGAGAACAUGCGUUGGUGCCCGUACGAGGAUAUUUUGGGCGUGGGCCACGACCAAGGAUUCGCAAGUCUUAUUGUCCCCGGUGCAGGCGAGCCGAACUUCGACUCGCUGGAAGCCAACCCAUACGAGAAUACCAAGCAGCGCCAGGAGGCCGAGGUACACUCGUUGCUCACGAAGCUUCAACCGGAUAUGAUUUCGCUCGAUCCCACCAUUAUCGGACGACUGGACACCAUCAGCGACAAAAAGGUCCAGGAGGCUCGCAACCUCGAUCACCGCCCGGAGGACCACAUGGAGAAGCUCAAGAACCGCGGCCGUGGUCGCAACAGUGCUCUUCGCAAGUAUCUUCGCAAGAAGGGCAAGGGCAACGUCAUCGACGAAAAGAGACUCAAGGCCGAGGCUCUGCGCAAAGAACACCAUGCGCGCACCAAGGAGAGGCUCCGGAAAGAGCGCGAGGACCUGGGGCCUGCUCUGGGUCGGUUCGCCGCGAAAAAGGACUCUUGA